AUCGGCUUGCUCUCUUGUAUGUAGCCCACGCAGUGGAGGUUGUAAAGACGCGAGUUAUGAAGCCAAAUUGAAAAUACAAGGCCUUCGACCACAGUUGUUGUACUUGUACACUCUCACACAGACACAUAAGAGAUCCAAAAACCGGCCGAACACCGAGGCAACGGGGACGAUUAUAUUCCUGCACUUUGAGAGAGUGAUGGUGACGAAAACAGAGGAGACCCAGUUGAUCAAUCUCGAGAACCAGGUCGAAAACGGAGGAGGAGGAGCAUGGGAGUACCUCUGCCUCGUCAGGAAACUCAAGGUUAGGCGCUCUGAUAAGGUUCUUAAGCACGGUUUGGCUAUCUUGAAUGACUCCAAAGAGCGAUCCAGUCUCGGUUCAGAAGAAUGGACUCUGAAUGAGCAGGUUGCAAUUGCAGCCAUGGACUGCCAAUGUCUUGACGUUGCAAAAGACUGCAUAAAUGCACUGCAAAAGAGAUUUCCUGAGAGCAAACGAGUUGGCAGGCUAGAGGGGAUGUUACUUGAAGCAAAGGGAUCUUGGUCAGAGGCAGAAAAGGCUUAUUCUAGCCUUCUUGAGGAUAAUCCAUUUGAUCAAGUGAUUCAUAAGAGGAGGGUAGCAAUGGCAAAGGCCCAAGGAAAUAUUUCGGAGGCCAUUGAAUGGCUUAAUAAAUAUCUUGAAAUAUUUAUGGCGGAUAAUGAUGCAUGGAGAGAACUUGCUGAGAUAUAUGUCUCCCUGCAGAUGUACAAGCAAGCAACCUUCUGCUAUGAGGAGUUAAUAUUGUCUCAGCCUGUGGUUCCAGUUUAUCACUUAGCUUAUGCUGACGUGCUUUACACCCUUGGUGGACUAGAAAACCUUCAGACAGCUAAGAAAUAUUAUGCAUCCACCAUAGAUUUGACAGGGGGCAAGAAUACGAGAGCACUUUUUGGUAUAUGCUUGUGCACUUCAGCCAUUGCCCAACUUACAAAAGGACGGAACAAGAAUGACAAGGAGAGCCCAGAGCUGCAAUCUCUUGCUGCAACAGCCUUGGAGAAAGAGUACAAGCAGAGAGCGCCUGGCAAACUCUCUCUGCUUACUUCAACCUUGAGAAGCUUAAAAAUUUCAUAAUUUCAGCGACAUCAUACAAAGGUUCAGAAUUGCAAGUGAUUGGGAUUUUGAAAUUCGAAUGUAAUCUUAGCGUGUGUUUAUUUAUUGAUUGAUUGAUUGAAUGACAAAAUAAUGUAGUAAUUAGGAUGCCUCAUAAUGUCAAGAAGAGGGGAUAAAAACAUCCUUUUGGUUAUGUUUUGUCAUUUGUGUCACCUACUUUCUCAAAAUUAAGUUUUGGGAGUUGUGGUUGAAAAAUGUUUUGGUUUGAACAGUAGGAUAAUGUAAAAGCAUGCCUGGACGAGAUUUAUUGUGCUAAAUAUCUACUUAAAAGAU